UUCAGACAGUCAAAUGAUGUGAACUUUGGAAUGGAAUUUGUUAUACUUUGGGGACUUGCCUCUUUUCCCAGGCGGGUGCUGUUGGAGAGAACCAUUUGAAAGCUGUAGUUUGUUUUCAGGGAGGAGGGCACUGGCCUUGCCUGGAUCCUCCACCAUGUUCUUGUUGCUGCCUUUUGAUAGCCUGAUUGUCAACCUUCUAGGUAUCUCCCUGACUGUCCUCUUCACCCUCCUCCUUGUUUUCAUCAUUGUCCCAGCCAUUUUUGGAGUCUCCUUUGGUAUCCGAAAGCUUUACAUGAAAACUUUGUUAAAAAUCUUUGCGUGGGCUACCUUGAGGAUGGAGAGAGGAGCCAAAGAGAAGAACCAUCAGCUUUACAAGCCCUAUACCAAUGGAAUCAUUGCAAAAGAUCCCACUUCGCUUGAAGAAGAGAUCAAAGAAAUUCGUCGAAGUGGGAGUAGUAAGGCUCUGGAUAACUCUGCAGAGUUUGAGCUCUCUGACAUUUUCUACUUUUGCCGGAAGGGAAUGGAGACCAUUAUGGAUGAUGAGGUGACAAAGAGAUUCUCAGCGGAGGAGUUGGAGUCCUGGAACCUGCUAAGCAGAACCAAUUACAACUUCCAGUAUAUCAGCCUGCGCCUCACUGUUUUAUGGGGGUUAGGAGUCCUGAUUCGAUAUUGCUUCCUUCUGCCACUCAGGAUAGCUCUUGCUUUCACGGGAAUUAGCCUUCUGGUGGUGGGCACAACUGUAGUGGGAUACUUGCCAAAUGGAAGAUUUAAGGAGUUCUUGAGUAAACAUGUUCACCUGAUGUGUUACCGGAUCUGCGUGCGAGCACUGACAGCCAUCAUCACCUACCAUGACAGAAAAAAUAGACCUAGAAACGGUGGCAUCUGUGUGGCCAAUCAUACCUCUCCUAUUGAUGUAAUCAUUUUGGCCAGUGAUGGCUACUAUGCCAUGGUGGGUCAAGUGCAUGGAGGGCUCAUGGGUGUGAUUCAGAGAGCUAUGGUGAAAGCCUGUCCUCACAUCUGGUUUGAGCGCUCUGAAGUGAAAGAUCGCCACCUGGUGGCUAAAAGAUUGACUGAGCAUGUGCAGGAUAAAAGCAAGCUGCCUAUCCUCAUUUUCCCAGAAGGAACCUGUAUUAAUAAUACAUCAGUGAUGAUGUUCAAAAAGGGAAGUUUUGAAAUUGGAGCUACAGUUUACCCUGUUGCUAUCAAGUAUGACCCUCAGUUCGGUGAUGCCUUCUGGAACAGCAGCAAAUAUGGGAUGGUGACAUACCUGCUGAGAAUGAUGACCAGCUGGGCCAUUGUCUGCAGUGUUUGGUACUUGCCACCCAUGACCAGGGAGACAGAUGAAGAUGCUGUCCAGUUUGCAAAUAGAGUGAAAUCUGCCAUUGCCAGGCAAGGAGGACUCGUGGACCUGCUAUGGGAUGGUGGUCUGAAGAGAGAAAAGGUGAAGGAUACAUUCAAAGAGGAGCAGCAGAAGCUGUACAGCAAGAUGAUCGCUGGGAACCACGAGGACAGGAGCCGUUCCUGAGUCCUUGCCUUGCGCUGGCUGGUGCCCCC